GAAAAUUUUGAAGUGUCACCGGCGGUCAAAAUGUUCGAGGAUAUUUAUUUUUGGACAAAAAAUGGCCGCCCGGAAACUGAAAAAAACCAUGACAGAAAUGCACUCUGUCAAUUGAUUUUGCGCGGGUUGAAAAUUGAAGGAGUGAUAAUGAAAACUUAUCACAUCGAUUCAAACGAUAAAAUUUGGACUGAAGCAUUUCACGAGAAAAUGGACAAAACUGUGUUCCAGCAAGAUUUAGCUCCUUAUGUGAAAUAUUCGUUGAACAAGAAGAAGCGAUGGGAGACUGGAAAUGAUAAGAAUUAUCUUUCCGAAGUUCAAAAACGUUAUCGCGGAAUGGACAUGUUUGUGAUUGACCGUGUUCGGCUUAAUAGUUCCCCAUAUUUUUGUUUCAUUUCUCGAGAAAAUUUUUUCCACAACUAUUUUCUGCAAUUUCCAAUCCGUCAACUCCAUCAACUCAAUGCAGAUAAUUCUUACUCAUACGUGUAUGCUAAUCAAACCUACGGGCAAUCCUACAAAAGUCUUCAACCUGAAAAUCGAUCUCCUUCAAAAUCAAAAAGUGCCAAAAAGCCGGAGCUGUAUCAGAAUGCCAAAGUUGCGUACCACAUUAUCACUCCUCCUAAAAACUAUGAAAAACUUCAAGCUCCGAAAUUUUGUCCGGGAAGUAGCGACAGAAAUCUUACUCAUCGGACCCUUACGCAUUGGCGCCGAGUCAAACGAAUGAGAGAUGCUCUUUUGUCUCUGAGAUAUGAAAAAUUUGAGGUGCUCGACGAGGAAGUUGAUAUGGUCGAUGAUUAUUUGAUUUUCGAUCAAUAUGAUCCUCCAAGAAAAUUUUACAACCUUGCUGAUCAUUUUAUCAUCAAAUCUACUUUUAUGGAAAGUGGUGCUUCUUCUACUUGGAGUAUUAUUUGAAUUGUUUUUUGUACUAUACACAAAAUAAAAAGUUCAAAUUAUUG